UGGAAUUGCUGGAGAAGUAGGCGCUUCCAUCCUUUUGGCAUCUUUCAAUAACCUUCCUCUGGCCUCGGACGCUAGAUAUUUCCCAUUUAGUUUCCCAAAAUUCAAUCCAGUAACACUCUAGCCAUGAACCCAGACCUAGAGGAGAUGAUGCGCAGCACCUUGCCACCUGAGGAAAUCUCGGUGUCGGCGAUCAUCGCACAGUAUCUGACAGAGAACAGUCAGAUUUUCAAAGCACUGGCUAGUCUCCGAUUGAAGGGUUGGAAUACCUCCGAGGGCGAUCUGUUUUUCCAAGCUCGUCGUGCACAAUCCGACAACGCCAAUAGAACACAGAAGCGAUUGCAAAGCUUCUUCAAAAUGACAUGUGAGAUCGGACAAGAAAUGGAUGAGAAUACAUCAGUCAUUACACUCGCAGCAGAUGGGAAUCAGUCCCCAAGAGUCCUGGAUAUCGGUAUGGCCCCGGGUGGGUUCACCCAAACUGUGCUCCGUAAACAUCGCGACGCCAGGAUACGGGGCAUCACAUUGCCAUCAGAGAUGGGAGGUCUGCGAAUUAUGCUGCCAGGAUGGAGGGACGAUUUGAAGGUUCUUAUAGAAUUUGCCGAUAUCACGAUGCUAGCAAACGAGAUGGGACGGCCAGCAACAUCCAUACCGACUCAACACCCGGACAUCGCAAAGUUCUCGUCAAAAAGACCGUUUCAGAACGAGACAUUUGACCUUGUGUCCUGUGGCACGACAGGUGCAACGACUCGACGUGCGCAUGCUGAUGCCGAACAUCAUGAGUCGCAUAAGAGGCUACGGUUAGCCACGAGCCAGUUAGUCCUCGCACUUCAGCGUCUACGCAAUCAAGGGUCACUGGUCCUAGUCAUGCACAAGCCAGAGUCAUUCGAUACCGCUGAGAUCAUCCACACCUUCACAAAGUGCUCAAGUGUGCGCCUUUUCAAGUCAAAAACGAAGCAUGCAAUCACUUCUUCCUUCUAUAUGGUGGCAAUGGGGGUGGAUACGCAGAGUGAAGAGAUGCAAUCAGCUGUUGUUAAAUGGAAGAAACAAUGGGAGGAUGCAACGUUCCAGUCGGAUGGAGCGCUCUCGACUUGUCCCCGCGCAUCUGAAGAUCAAGUUCGCGAGAUGCUAGCAGACUUCGGACCACAGCUUAUCGAUCUUGCCACGCCACUUUGGAAGAUCCAAGCUGAUGCUCUCCGAGCUUCUCCGUUUCUCAAAGAGUCAAACAGCACGAGCGAAGCGAGGUCUGCAGCCGCCUCAACAAUGCGCAAUGGCACUCUUUAAGUCCGUCGUUCUUAGCCGGAAGUUGAUGAUGUGGGAGUGUAAUGGAAAGGCACGAAGACUCGUGCUGCGUCUGUUAGGCGAACAGUGAUGCUACGGCCGCAAAGGUUUCUUUUGCAACAUCCGCCAACUGCUACAUACCUUCUAUCUUUGGUAUCGCUGUUGUAAAAGCGUGAUGUAAUCUGAAUGUGGUAUGGAGGUCAAAGACCAGUCAGUCAUCAGCUAUCUUCGGCUGUCCGACAUUUAGCAU